AUGGCCGACAAGAUGUCCAUCGACACCAAGCCUGUUCCGCCGCCGCCACACCAUCAUCAUCAUCCCAACGAACACCACCAUUUGGAGGACGACGACGACUCCAUCGGCUCGUCUCCCAUGGGAGACGGCGAUGACAUGGCUCAUGCGCCCCCAGGCAGUCAUCCCCCUUCCGCUGGCGCGGCCAACAACUCCAUCCCUCAGGACGGCCAGCAGCCCAAGCGGAAAGGUGGUCGCAAGCCUAUCUACGCCACCUCGGAGGAACGCAAGCAGAGGAACAGGCAAGCCCAGGCGGCCUUCCGAGAACGUCGAACCGAGUACAUCAAGCAGCUGGAGGAAACCAUUCGUGUGCACGAGACCAACCUCCACAGUCUGCAGACGGCUCACCGCAAUGCAGCGGACGAGUGCCUGAUGCUGCGCUACAAAAACUCACUCCUCGAGCGUAUCCUGCUCGAGAAGGGCAUUGACGUCCAGUCCGAGCUGAACGCAAAGACUGGUGGCUCAGACCUCGGGGCGACUCACAUGCCCCAGAACCUGGUCCAGCCGCCUCCAAUCCAGAGGGCGCUGAUCAACCGCCACCAUCAUUCACGGCGCUCGAACUCUGGCAUUGCACCAAAGAGUGAUCCUGCCCAUGGCAUCGGGCAAGGACACAUCACUUCUGCCUCGCCCAAGACGCGCCCAACCCCGUCCUCACACUCCAACUCACCCACCAACCCGGUAUCUGGCUUCUCCCCAGCCGCCUCCGACAAUCUCUCGCAGCAACAGCAUCAUCAGCCGCAGCAAAACCACCGUUCCCAGCCGCCACCACGACGACCGGCUAUGCGACAGACACCAUCGGUAAGCAACGGUGCAGCAUAUUAUCCUACACCAGGGUUCCAGACCCACUUGGAGCAGCUGGAACAAGAGUACGAUGCGCCGCCAGACGUGGCGGAGGAGUCUGACAUUGAGACACCCAGCGGCCCUGGACCCUAUGCGGCAGGCAACUUUGCCAACGAAGGUCCCCAGUUGCUGUCCCCCGCGUCGAAUGGUCCCGGACACGUUCCACACCCGCAUCACGAGCACCAACCGCCCUCGAUGAACGGUGGCCAGAACUACCCAUCCAUGACCUCGUUGCUCGAUCAUCAGAACAUGGACUGGGAUCCCUUCGGCCUGAGCGCCAGCAUGGCGUUUCCUUCACAAUCGUAUCAGGUGGAUCCCAGCGUUCGCUGA